AUGGGUACCGUUGCCGCCGAUGAGGGGCUGCCCAUCAAGAUUGUUCACGAGCGCAGGACUGAAGAGCACCUCUUGGGCAAGUCCACCUCCUCGCGGAGCGCGCGGUGCGGGAACCCCAGCGAGCCCAUGAACAAGGACGAGAAGCUGAUCCGCGACGCCAUCGCGAACAUGCCGCCGGAGUCUGCCCGCUCCAGCGCCUUCAGCUUUUUCAUCAUCUGCUUCUGCAUCAGCUAUGGCGCUGCCUUGGGCGGAAGCAUAGGCCGAGCGCGGCUGCUGCUCUCGUCUUGGCUCCGGCACGAGGAGGAGGCUGCUCAAAUCCGCUCGGCGCCGCGUGCUGAGGUUCUGGCGCCGCCGAAGCCCGAGCGACCCUCCAGCGCCAAGUGCAGCGCCUACCGCACGGUGGAGGGGCGACUCAAGGAUGUGCGAACGAGCGCCGCUGCCGACCCGCAGCUGGCGGCGGACGUGGACGUGGCGUUGAACCUUUUAGCCGAGCGGCGCCGGGAAGCCACGAAGGCCCUGGCUGCCAGCCGGGCCCCGGUUGCGCUCACCCGGCCUUUGCCUCCCGCACUCGACCCGGCGCUGCGGAUGGAGGUUCGGCACAGGCAGCGCUCUUUGGCGCGGGAGACCUCGCGAGACUCCCGAAAUUCCCGUGACUCUGGCGACGGAGCUGAUGGAUCUGGGCGGACGUCCAACUUCAGAGGUGUGGCAAAGCCCAAGCCUCGCCCGACGCCGGUGAACCGCCAGGUGAAGCGCCAGGCCUCGCGGCAGUCGAUCGAACUCCGAGCGGAAGGGCGAAAAGCGCAGCAGCCGGACCUGGCGCAGGCCGCGGCACAGCUGGAAGAGGAAGCGGACAAGGCCAGACAUGAGGCAGAGCGUGAAGCUCAAGCGAUGAGAGAGCGAGCGGCAGAAGGCCGGGCCAAAGCCACCGCCGCGAAGAACGCGGCCGCAAAGAGUGCGGCAGCGGCGGCGGCGCAGCGGGCAGCGGAGGCGGAGGCGGAGACUCGCAGGCAGCGGCGGAAAGGGGCGACGAAGCUGGGCGUGCUGCUGCAGGCGUGGUUUCAGCGCACUGGCUGGGCAUCGUGCCACUUUGGUUUGCAGCAACUGCAGAAGGCCAGCAGGGCGCUGCAGCGAAAGGAGCGCAUCGUUGCCAGCAAGCGAGCCAUGCUCACCUUGUGCAGCUGCGCCCAUGCUUGGCGCGAAGCCGUGGCAAACGCGGUGGCGGAAAGAUCUGCGGCGCUUCACUUGGAGCAGCAGCGCCAACAGCAGCACCUCGACUCUGCGGCGCGCACUCGGCGCCAUCAGCGCCUGAGCCGCAAGGCGUGGCUUGGGUGGUGUUUGGCGCUGCAACAGCGGAGGAGAGAGGAGGAGCUGGAGGUUGUGGCGGCCAAGACGAGCCGCUUUCUGGCGCAGCUGAAAGAGUCCCAGGAAGUGGCCCCUUCGGUGGCGGACGCUGAGCCUCCAGCGGGCACAGCCUCAGCUUCUUCGGAGCCUGCGGGGCCUGCGGAUCCUGCGGUGCCUGCGGUGCCUGCGGUGCCUGCGGAGGUGCAGCCGGACACUUCCAGCGCAGCUCGGGCCUCGCGGAUAUCCCGGCCGCGAACGAGAGCUCUGCUGGAGAUAGAGCAGCGGGCCGAAGAACGGCGCAAGGCGCAGCAAGAGCGGAAGAAGCGGAGCCAAUCAGCGGAGCCAAGCCACCCUUUGGAGCACGAGGUAGAGCCGGCCUCGAGGUCGCGAAGUUCGCGCCCCCGCCCCGAGCAGCUCGGCGGCGCUCCGAGCGGCGCCGAGCUCGGCGAAGCUGCGGAGCCGGCGGCAGAGCCACCGGCGGCGAAAGCUGCCCCGAGGCCCAAAGCCGUGCUGGAGAUGGAAAGGAGAGCGCAAGAGAGGCGGCGGGCGCACGAGGAGCGACGCCAGAGGCAGCUGCAGAAGGAAGAGGAGCUGCGCCUGAAAGAGCAGGAGGAGGAAGAGAAGCAGCGCCAGGCGGAAGAGGAGGCAAAGCGGGAGAAGCUGCGGCAAAAGAAGGAGCAGCAGCUUUUGGAGCAGCGCGUCAAAGCGCAGCGCCUGGUGGCGCAUCAGCUGCGGCAGGCGAAGGAGAGGCAAGCUGACGAGCUGUGCGCACUGCACCGGUGCAUCCGCAUUUGGCUCGCCUGGCGGCAGCAGCUCAGCGGCGCCAAGUUCCUGGAGCUGGUGGCGCUGUCCAAGCGCCGCACCAGGCUGCUGAAGCUUUGCCUGCGCUGCUGGGUCUCGCAUCAUCUUCACCUGCGCUGCGCGGAGCUUUCGGCACGCCUGGCCCGCGCCCACCUCGCCACCGCCUGGCUUGGCAGGCGGCACUUCUUCCUCUGCCUCGUCUCUUGGCUUCGUCUCCUGGCAUGGCACUUCCAGCACCUCGAGGCCUGCGGAGUGUCGCGCCUGCGCCGCCAGCGGCGCUGCUUCGCGCUGCGCCGCUGGCGCCGUGCUGCGGCGGCCACCGCGGCAGCACGCCGGCGCCAGGCGCUGCGGCACUACGCCCGGCAGCUGCUGAGGUCCGGCUUCAGCGGCUGGCAGCGUGGCCUCGGGGACCUCAAGCUGGAGCAGGCCAUGGAGCUGCAUAAGCUCGCCUUGCGGCAGAAGGAUUGA